UUAUAAAGAUGAAAGUUAUCGCUUUUGGAUUAUUGGCUUUUGCCACAAUCGCUCAAUCCUCAGUUGUUCCAUUAUAUAGAACUGUCGUUCCAAUCUCAUCCACAACAUUAAUAAGAAAUCCAUCACUCGAUUCAGCUGUUAUUAAUAGCGAACGUCUUGACUCAUCAUUCAGCUACAACACUGUCGAAAAUCAUGCAUACACACCUUAUAUCAAUACUCCUGUUGUCUACCAAAGUGUUCCACAAUGGAAUGUAGUUCCUCAAUAUCCAGUCGUCUACUCACACUACCCAACACAAUCAGUAUAUCCAACACAAUCCGUGUAUCCAAUCUAUAACUACGUUCCUCAAUACAAUCCAGCUACUCCAACUCUUCCUCAACCAGGACAGCCACCAAUUGAAGUUGAAGAUCCAGCAGACAAUGCCACAAAUGACUUAAAGGAAGACCCAAAUAACGAUAAUGUCGAUGACGACGAUACAGUUGAGAUUAAUUCAGCAUAAAAAGUUCUAGUUCUUUGAAUGAGUCAGUGUUGGCUGUUGAUUGAACCAGGCUGAAAAAGUCAGCAAAAAAUCCAACCAACCGCUAAACUCUGACCUUAAAAAUUGAAAGUUUGGACCAAAAACAAUUUUGGACUCUUCUCAAAAAAAUUUCAUCAUGACUCAAUCUGACUUAUUUUGUUUUAUGGAUUAUUUUUCUACCUGUUUACUGAAUAAAA